AUGGACAACAUCGACGAGGAAUAUGACCGACUCAUUGAACACCUUCAUGUCUGCACGAAGAAGGCUGAGAGUUUUAAAACCACGGAAAGGUGGCUGUCUCUUGAAAUUCUUGAGCUGAUACGCCAGCGUGGAGCAACACGAGCCGCAGGGAACCAAGAACUCACGUCCGAGCUCGCAAAGCUUUGCAGAGAGGCGAUAGAGGAAGACCUUAAAGAGAGAAGAGCAGAAGUGCUGGCUGAAGCUACAGAGGCGGGGAAAAGCAUCCGCUAUGCUCUUCGGGACUUUGCCAGUCGCAAGACGAGGAUGACUUCUCUUCGGAACCCGAAGGGGACAGCCAUUGCAUCGAGAAGGGGAAAAUCAUCUACGACUUCUACUCUUAUCUCUUCGACAUCCAUGCCCACUUGCCUCUUCACUAUUUGA